AGGCUAUAACGCUCCUUUCCAGCUUUUUUGCCCGCCAGUCAUUCCUUUGUCUUCUUACGACAACCCACACUCUUUAUUUUUAAAAAACCUUCUUCAUUCCUUCUUUCUCCUUUCAAAAAACCCCAAGCAACUAAAAAUAAACAAACAAACAAACCAAACCGUCAAGAUGAAGUUCACUCUGUCCGCCUCUGCCUUCCUGGCCCUCGUCGCCUCGGCCCUCGCCCAGACCGCCGACUUUGACUCCAUCACCAACCCUACCCCCAACGAGAUCCUCACUGCCGGCCAGGCCCUGACCAUCGAGUGGGAUGCUCCCGCCAAGUACGCCGCCGGCACCGUCUCCAUCGAGCUGAUCGGCGGCCCUACCCAGGCCACCCAGCAGGUCCUGGCUACCAUUGCCACCGGUGUCAAGAACAGCGCCAAGACCUUCACCUGGAACGUUGACUCUGCCGUUGCCGGCCAGAACUUCUACGGCUUCAUCUUCCGCCUCGAGAGCGACCCCUCCGUCUUCCAGUACUCCAACCCCUUCCACAUCAAGGCGGCUGAGGUCCACAGCAGCAGCAGCUCCUCUACUCCCGCUGCUCCCGCCCACACCUCGUCCUCUGGCAGCUACGGCAACCUCCCUCCCGCGGACACCACCACCACCGCUCCCGUCGUCACCACGCCCGUCUACUCUCCUCCGGCCGUUACUGAUGUCACCGUUGUCCUGAACGCCACCACCACCGUUCCCUGCCGCAACUCCACCAUUGCUCCUCCCACUCUCAGCGCGCCCAGCACUCUCCAGAGCGCUACCCGCCUGCCUCCUCCUCCUCCCAGCUCUCCCGUCUACGUUCCUCCCGGCCAGCCCCUGACCAGCACCGUCUGGGCUGCUCCCUCUGCCUCCAACCCUGCCAUCACUGCUCCCGCCCCUCUGCCCACCAACGCUGGUGCUCGCGUUGGCGGCAGCUCCCUGGCCCUGGUUGCCUCUCUGGUCGUUGCUUACUUUGCUCUGUAAGCGGGCGAUGAUGAGAUGCUGGAAGUGUUAAUUCGAGGCUUGGGGAUCCUUCUUAACCGGCUUGUGGUUUGACGCCAGCCUUGGUUUACUUUUACUGUUUGCACAUAUUUUGUUCACUUGCUUGGAAAAGGAGAAGAAGAUUGGUUCCGGUUUGAAUCUAUCUAGAUAUAAAGCGCGGGGCACGACGUCUGUUUUUUCACGGAGCCAUGUCAUUUUCAGUGUAGGAUAUCUAGCGCCUGCGUGCGAAUACAUUGGUUCUCUCUUAAUUGAUAAUGAUUUACGAG